UUGGUACAUAGGGAGUAAGAUUAGCAGUCGGCUCGUAAACGGAGAACACCAACAGCUGUUCGCACUGUAAUUUAGUCCUCCCUAUGCAAAGUCUUUAUCCUUUCCUAGAGAUCGUCCGCCAGAAGGGCGGAGCUUUUUGCUUUGUUUUCUUUGUUUCGUCUUUUCAAACCCUGCCCUCGAUGUACGACUGUGAAACCUCUUUUUCUCCCUCGCCACUCCCAUAGGUGGCGCUGCUGCACAUUCAUUUCACUCUUCUGUCGCGCAUCCCUCUGAGAACAAUGAAGCAGCAUCCGGAAGUGAAGUGAUAUUCCAGAAGCGCCGCUCUUUCUCCCACAGCCCUAGUCUCUGUGUCUAUGAGCUUCGCCUUAUGCCUUUUGGUUGCUAAGCGGUAGUUGUGGCGGCGGCUGGGUUGAAAGCAAACCUGAGGCGCCAAAGGGGACCAGGUCGGCGGGAUCAGGGAGGAGGGAUCUGUCCUCUGCCUUGGAUGUUGGGACCCGACGCAGCAAAGCAGCUUCGGCCUUUGCGAGCCGUCCUGCCUACUAGAGCAGAGCGUCCACCACACUUUGACUGAUAACCGCUGGCCCGCCUGGAAAAUGGGCACAAAAGCCGACCAACUUCUGAUUGUGGUUUCUAUCCUGGAAGGGCGGUAUUUUCCCAAACGUCCAAAGCAUAUGCUCGUGGUAGAAGCAAAGUUUGAUGGUGAAACUCUAGCUACAGACCCUGUUGAACAUACAGAUCAGCCUGAAUUUGCCACAGAAUUAGGUUGGGAACUUGACAGGAAAGCACUUCACCAACACAGAUUACAGCGUACACCUAUCAAGGUACAAUGCUUUGCUUUGGAUUCUUUGUCAUCUGCCAAAGAGUCUGUAGGUUACAUUGUACUAGAUUUAAGAGCUGCUCAAGAGAAGAAACAGCCACCAAAAUGGUAUCCGUUACUCAGCAAUAGAUACACAAAAUUUAAAUCUGAACUACAACUAAGUGUAAUGUUAGAAACUGAUACGAAAGCAUCCACAGAUGGCUUUAAAGCAAAGGAAGCACCUCCCAGAGAUGUGACAGUUCCUCUACAGCUACCUGGGUUGAGCCAAAAAAAUCUUGUAGCAGUGCUUAAUGAAGAGGAAGGAUAUCAUCAAAUUGGACCAGCAGAAUAUUGCAGAGACUACUUCGUUUUGUCUGUUACUGUUGCAUUUGCUACACAGUUAGAACAGCUAAUACCUACCACAAUGAAACUUCCAGAACGACAACCUGAGUUCUUCUUCUACUACUCACUUCUGGGUAAUGAUGUUACCAAUGAACCAUUCACUGACUUGAUAAAUCCAAACUUUGAGCCGGAGAGAGCAUCUGUUAAAAUACGUAGCAGCACUGAAGUUCUAAGAGCUUAUUUUUUGGCUCACUCAAAGUUGCAGAUCCAUCUUUGCUGUGGGGACCAGUCUCUUGGAAGCACUGAAAUACUCCUAACUGGGUUGCUGAAGAAAGGGAAUAUGGAUAUCGAUCAAUGCCCAGUAGUUGUUGAAGGAGCUCUCAUUCUUGUUCCACCUAACAGAGCCCGGCAAAAACUGCCACCAGUCCCUUUAGAUAUGGCACCCACAAUUGGAGUGUCUGUAUCUCUACAAAAAGACUGCAGAGUUUCUCAGGCAUUGUAUUAUUUUGUUCAGCCUAUAGUCAAAUUGGCUUCAAAGGCUGAGUCUGAAAAUGUGAAAAGGGCUUUGUCUCCCACACAUGGUCAAGAAAGAAGUCCAGAACAAAGUUGCCCUGAUGCCCUACCUGAUCCUGGCCAUUCUCCUCCCAUAAAAGAUGAUGCAACAGAAAGUGAAGUGGAAAGUCUUCAGCAUGACAAGAACCCAAAGGCACAGAAAAAAGCCUUGAAUGCCCGAGUACCUCCUCGCCAGACUCAUCAUGUCAGUACCUCUGAAUCUACUACAGGGCAAAAAAUUGCUGUUCCAGCAGCAUCCCAUCACUUCUGUUUCUCAAUAGACUUAAGAACUCUCCAUAAUCUGGAUGCUGGGUUUCCUGUCAACUGUAUGCUAAGGUACUCAUAUCCCUUCUUUGGUAGUGCUGCACCCAUUAUGACAAAUCCUCCUGUGGAAGUAAGAAAGAAUAUGGAAGUGUUUCUUCCCCAGUCAUAUUGUGCAUUUGAUUUUGCAACCAUGCCCCAUCAGCUUCAGGAUACCUUCUUCAGGUUACCAUUGCUGGUGGAGUUGUGGCACAAAGAUAAGACGACCAAAGACUCGCUUCUAGGAAUUGCAAGAUUGCAGCUUUCAAAUGUUUUGGCCAUGGAAAAAAUCCGUUUUCUAGGUGCUAAUGCGGAGCAGUGCUGGCGUCAGACCUUCAGUGAAACAAUCCCUGUUACAGCAGCACAAGGGCCAAGCAACAGAAUAGCAGAUCUUUCAUAUACAGUGACUCUAGAAGAUUAUGGGCUUGUGAAAAUGCAUGAGGUUGUGGUGUCUGAUUCUUCUCAGUGUUUAGGUGCUAACGUGCCACCACUGGUUCCUCCACCUCAGCCGCAUAAUGUCCCUGACGUCCAUCCAGAGCCACGAGAAACUCUAGAGUACAAAGCAGCACUUGAAUUGGAAAUGUGGAAAGAAGUACAAGAAGAUCUUUUUGAAAACCAGCUGAAGAAGAAGGAGCUGGCUCAUAUGCAAGCUCUUGCAGAAGAAUGGAGGAAACGGGACAGAGAAAGAGAAGCAUUGGUAAAGAAAAAAGUGGCUGAAUAUACAGUUUUGGAAGAAAAGCUUCAAAAAACGUUGACUGACUUAGAGAAGCGUGAAAAACAACUUGUCAGUGCUGAAACUGAGCUCCAAAGACUGAAGAAAGAGCUCCAAGCAGAGCAUGAACGAAACCGUCAGGAGCUUCAAGACGCAAUGCGGCGAGUAAAAGAAGAAUGUGUGCAUCAGGUUGAGCUGGAGAGGUCAAAGGUCAGACAACUGGAAGAGGACAAGAUCCGCCUACAGCAACAACUCUCUGAGGGGGAAAACAAGCAUAAGGCUCUGGAGAAAGAGUUUCAGCAAUACAAGGAACAGCAGAGCAGCAAACCAGAAAUCCGACUUCAAUCAGAAAUAAGUAUUCUAACUUUAGAGAAGGGGGACCUCGAAAGGAAAUUGGAAUCAGCCACUAAGGCAAAACUGCACUACAAGCAGCAAUGGGCACGAGCGCUGAAGGAACUAGCAAGGCUCAAGCAGCGUGAGCAAGAGAAUGCUAUGGCCCGCCUUAAAAAGCAGCAGCAAGAGCUUGAGCACAUGAGACUUCGGUAUCUGGCAGCAGAAAAGAAGGAGUUGGGGAAGGCACAGCGGCAAGAGCUGGAGGAUAUCAGAAAUGAACUGAACCGAUUAAAGCAAGAAGAAGACAAAAAGCAGUCACAAGAUUCUCAAGAGGUUUUGGGGCUACAGCAGCAAAAUUCUCACACACGGCAAGCAGAUGAGAGUUUAGAUGACUAUCUUGCACGUCUGAUAGAGGAGAGGGAUACCUUGUUGAGAACUGGUGUGUAUAACCACGAAGACCACAUUGUAAGUGAGCUUGAUCGCCAAAUCAGUGAGGUGCUCACUAAAAGAAGCAGAAGCAAGUACUCAAACAUGCAGAACUGAGCUUUUUGUUUUUGCAGUAAACCAGGGCCCAGGUCUAUGCAACAGCCCUGAUUCUGAAGGACUUCUGCACAUGCUCUAGUUUUGUCUUCCAAGACUUCCUGCAGUAUAAAAAUGGCACUGUUCUAAGGUCUUAAAGAGCGAAGAGCAUCAGUUGAAUUUUUAGACCAUUUUCAACUGUUUGUAUAUAUUUUGAAUAUUUAAUUUUUAUUGGUGAUUGAAUAUUUUGUGCCUCUUCCCCCCCAUUGCCUCAGCUUGUUUUAUUUAUAGAAGCUUUUAAAACUUAAGUUCUAUAGUUCUAAAUAGCAUUUUGAUAAUAUGUUUUAUAUUGCCUACUUUUUUAUAGAAGUAUAUCAAAAUGGCAUUUGAAUAAAAUUGGACAAGAAAAAGGCCUCCAAUUACAGUCAUUUUUCAGUUGAUCCUAUAGGUAGAUUCAUUGCACCAUGUCACCUUUGAGACUAAAAUAAUCUAUACUGUGAUGAACAUAAACUAACCACAAUAAUUGCUGUUCAUUUGGUAAAAUACU